GCGAGCUCCCCCGCCCCGGCGCGCGCGCGCGCUGCGCCGCGCGGCGGGCGGCCCCGCCCGGGUUGCAGCCGCCAUGACUGGCGGGAAGCGGCCUCGCGGGCCCCCGCGCGCCCGCCCCUCGCCGACCGCGGCGGCGCUGCUGCCGGCGGCGCUGCUGGCGCUGGCCUUGGCGCUGGGAGGCGCCGCCGUCGCCUUCGCCUGGCCGCGGCCCGCCAGCCGCGGCCCCCGCGGCGCGCAGCGGCGGACCCCCCGCGACGCGCCGCGGGCCGCGGGCGACAGCGGUGCAGCCAGGCUGCCGCUGGGCGAGGCCGCCAUUCGGGAGAGGCUGACGCAGCGGCUGAUGGAGACCACCUCGGCCAAGGACCUGUUCCGCAUUGUGGAAGAGAAUGCGCACGACAUGAAAGGGACGCAGGUUGCGAAGGCGCUCAACAGUCUCGCGAAGGCGAAUGCCGACACCGCCGACCCGCGCUUCGGCCUGCUUUUGCGCAGAUCCUGGGACCUGCUAGACUCCUGGAACACCUUCGCGCUGUCCAGCGCGCUCACGGCAUUGGCGAAGGUGCCACCA